AUGAAAGUAAGUCAAGCAUUGAACCUCAGAGAAGGAUUGAACCCCAAUCUAAAGGAAGUAGUGAAGAAAGAGAUACUCAAGUUGCUUGAUGCUGGGAUAAUCUAUCCCAUCAGUGAUAGCACUUGGAUAUCUCCAGUUCAUUGCGUCCCAAAGAAAGGGGGGAUCACUGUCAUUAAAAAUGACAAAGAGGAGCUGAUUCCCACUAGAACAAUAGUGGGGCAUCGCAUGUGUAUUGACUAUAGGAAGUUAAAUUCAGCAUCUAGAAAGGAUCAUUUCCCUCUCCCUUUCAUUGAUCAGAUGUUAGAAAGAUUGGCAAACCACCCUUUUUAUUGUUUUCUUGAUGGCUACAGUGGUUUCUUCCAAAUCCCGAUCCACCCUAAUGAUCAGGAGAAACCACUUUCACAUGCCCUUAUGGCACCUUUGCUUAUCGAAGGAUGCCAUUUGGGCUGUGCAAUGCUCCAGCUACUUUCCAGAGGUGCAUGA